GCUGCAAAGUGUUCAGGGUCAAAAAUGCAGAAAAACAACAAACCAACGCGAAAAAAAGGCCAGCCUUCUCCGUCGCCUUCCACCUCCGAUGUAAAAUUACCUAAAAUACCGAAGCUUUCAAUGCCAGAAGACUUCAAAAUACGGACGCGGCCUUUAUUUUCAUUACCAGAAGAAGUUUUGAAAUUACCUGCCCCGGCUACCAAAGCAGCAAAACUACAAGCUGCAAAACUUGCACCGAAGAAGAAGUCCAGCGCAAUGCAGAGUUUCACGCAAAUGAGAAAGGCUCGUGAAGAAUUUAGAUUAAAGCUGGUAAACCUGAUAUGUCAGAUUGGUGGUGAAGAGGAAAACCAUGAGAUAUCGAUGCCCACUGGCGAAGAACAGAAUAUGCUUAGAUAUUAUUACUACUUGCGAUAUGGUAUCGAUACCAUACAUGUAGCGCCGUUGGAUAAUAAAAUAAUAUUAAGGGUACAUAAUCUAAUAUCUCCAAAAUUGAAGAAAUGGAAGGAAACGCUUUUUACGUGCACAGAUGAGAUGCGCGAAGAUUUUAUGAUGAGUAUGAAAAAAGCGAUCGUGGAUUUUGUAUUGAAAGACCCGAACACGGAAGAGUCUUUGGAAGAAGAAGACACGCCAUUGCAGCAAGAGCUGGCGAUGAAAGACGACGCUUGGAGAAAUCGCUACGCUAUAGCACAUAAGCACUUGACUAAAAAUCUACACAGCGUCAACCCUUGUAUUGCACAGGUGCUGCAAAUUUGGUGGAAACAAUUCAAUGAUUUAAGAAUGAUUAGUAUGAAAGACAUAAUGACAACGAAUGAAGCGUAUGAGUUGCAAGACUUCUGUUUUGUGUGUAAAAGGCACAUAGAAGCGGCUGGUAAUGUACUCACACACCAGUGGAUCCCAACUAUUCAGGCUGUUUUUCUUCAGGGCAGCAAAAAGAGGUUAAUCCCAGAACCGAAGCAGGCAGUUAAAAUGAAGCAUUUUUAUAACUGUUUGGCCUGUAUCAUGACUUAUAAUCUUCAAACUUUGUGUUUGAAAUCUAUGAAGGAGUUUACUGACUAUGUUAUGGAUGUUGGUGGCAAUAACCAAGGUUUCAUUAUAAAUCUAGGAUUUCAAAACGAGGCCAUUGAGUUUGACCCUACUUUCCGACAGUUUAAAGAUCAGUUGUGUCUUUUGUACGACUAUUUGAUAGAUGCAUGUCGACAGUCUCCUCGCCUGGAGACUAUACUCUAUCAGGACUACACGGAAGCUACAAGAGCUACACUAAAGCCAAUAAUAGACAAUGAUUUAGUAGAAGAGUAUAAGCAACUGAUUGCUGAUUUGAUUGCGGAGCAAAGAAUCGGACCAGAACUAAGAGUUCAAGACUUUGAUGAUUAUAUUUGUUUGUUGAACGGCGAGUCUCAAAAGAAAGUAGAAGACUUUAUAAAUUCGCGGCCAGAAAAGUCAUUUGAAGAGUACUGUGUGGAGUCUGUGAAAUAUGUAGAACUUGCGAAAGAGAUCCCUUCCAAACUUGAGGGGAUCAUCGUCAUUGGCAUGUUCCAAAUGCAGCGAGGAGAGCUCAUCAACUCGUUGCGAUCAGCUGCGACUAGGAUGGCCAAUACUUUGCUGAGGAGAAUGACUGAGGAUUACCAACUAAUGAUCAAAGCGAUCUACGAUGAAUACGCAGUUAUAGCGAAUACACUAUUGACCCCGCCGGGGGAUACUGCCGCACUGAUGGAUCUGAUGGCGUAUGUCAAGAAAGUGGAGGACGUCCUCCUAGCUGAGAUGGAGGACAAACUACGUAACGUUAUGAGAUACAUUGUCUUCUUAGGAGACUACACCACCUUCACGCCGCUGGAGCUGAAGUCUAACAACCAGACCUAUCACUGGUAUGCUCGUAUGCCUGGUAUCAUAGAAGAGGCUAAGGGCAUUUGUGAUCAGAAGAAAUCGGAAUACCAAGAACUAUUGAAGGUUCGCAUUGCCAAGUUCAUUGAUGACCUAGACGUUUAUGAACUCCAAGUGAAUGAGGUGCAAUACUGGGGAGAAAUCAAUGAAUUACCAAAAUAUGUUUCACGGGCGCGUCAUCUGGAUGAGAAGUUAUCAGGUGCCCUUACAAAGAUUGACCACUUUAAUGAAGAAGAGGCAUCGUUUGGGUGGGACUUGUCUCAGUAUCCCAAGAGGAAACAGGUCUUUGAUAGAUUGGUACCGUUCAAGAAACUUUUCGAUGCUGGAUACGAUUUUCUUGAGAAGCAUAAUACCUGGAUGUCUACAAAAGUUGGCAGUUUUGAUCCUGAGGAGAUAGAAGCAGACGUCAGUUAUUAUUACAAAAUUGUCUACAAACUGGAGAAGUCCUUCGCGGAAGUUCCCGAGACUCAUCGCCUUGCUUCUUCUGUUAGGGGAAAAAUGGAUGAGUUCAAGAACAACAUGCCAAUUAUACAGACUUUGGGUAACCCUGGUAUGAAGCCAAGACAUUGGGAAAAGAUCUCAGAAAUUGUUGGAUUCCCGAUUGUUGUAGAUGACGAACUGUCUCUGGAGAAAGUAAUUGAUUUCAAUCUGGGUGACUAUAUAGAUAAAUUCGAGGGCAUAUCUGAAGCAGCCACUAAAGAGAAUAACCUCGAGAGAGCUCUAGAUAAGAUGAUGAAAGAAUGGGCUGACCUCAGAUUCGAAAUUCUUACUUACAAGGAUACCGGAACCUAUAUCCUAUCAAGUGUGGAUGAAAUUCAAUUGUUAUUAGACGACCACAUUGUGAAGACUCAGACAAUGAAGAACUCUCCAUAUAUUAAACCGUUUGAAGACCUCAUUCAUGAUUGGGAGGGCAAACUCGUUUUAUUACAAGAGAUUCUUGAUGAGUGGUUAAAGGUUCAAGCUACUUGGAUGUACUUAGAACCAAUCUUUUCUUCACCUGACAUCCAACAACAGAUCCCUGAAGAAGGACGGCGGUUUAGUGCUGUCGAUAAGAUGUGGCGUGAAAUUAUGAAGGCAGCUUCCACUGAGCCGAGGGUACUUGAUGUCAUCAUGAUAGAGAAAAUGUUGGAUCGUCUGAAGAAGUCCAAUAAUUUGUUGGAGAUGGUCCAGCGCGGAUUGAACGCGUACCUGGAGAAGAAGCGCUUGUACUUCCCUCGUUUCUUCUUCCUGUCCAACGACGAAUUGCUUGAAAUUCUGUCAGAAACUAAGGAUCCCACACGUGUGCAGCCUCACCUCAAGAAAUGUUUCGAAGGCAUGGCCAGACUCACCUUUACAGACGAAAUGGUGGUAACGCAAAUGAGAUCUUCAGAGGGAGAGAUUGUGACUCUCACGAUGUCUAUAAAUACAGUCGCCGCGAGAGGACAGGUUGAGAAAUGGCUUCUAGAACUGGAAAAGUCAAUGAAAGUAUCAGUUCAUAAUGUUGUGGCCUUGUCAUACGAUGAUUAUUUACAACGGCAACGAGACCAGUGGGUGCUAAUUUGGCCUGGACAAACAGUUCAAUGUAUCGCAAUGACUUUCUGGACGUUAGAAGUAACAGAAGCUAUUCAUAUCAGCAUAGCAGCUAUGAGGGUUUACUGGGAGAAGUGUAACUAUCAAAUAUCUAAAAUCGUUGACUUGGUCCGCGGCGAGCUCAAUUUACAGAACAGGAUUACUCUUGGAGCGUUGGUCGUGCUAGACGUCCAUGCAAGAGACGUGUUGAUGCUGCUCAUAGAACUUGACGUGCAGCAGGACAAUGAUUUCAACUGGCUCUCGCAGAUACGGUAUUAUUGGGAGGAACAAGAGGAUAAAACAAUGCAGGAGUUGACACGCAUGAUAAACUCGACGCUGAUGUAUGGGUAUGAGUACCUUGGCAAUACUGGCAGACUGGUCGUCACUCCGCUUACUGACCGAUGCUUUAGGACUUUGUUUGGCGCUUUGCAUCUUAACUUAGGUGGAGCUCCCGAAGGGCCUGCCGGUACCGGGAAAACGGAGACUGUGAAAGAUUUGGCUAAAGCUGUAGCAAAACAGUGUGUUGUAUUCAACUGUUCUGAUGGUCUAGAUUAUAUCGCUCUCGGGAAGUUCUUCAAAGGUUUGGCGUCUUGUGGCGCAUGGUCGUGCUUCGACGAGUUCAACCGUAUCGAUCUAGAAGUGCUUUCAGUAGUGGCUCAGCAGAUCCUCUCCAUUCAGCGUGGUAUCAACUCUGGAGCUUCAGAACUUUUGUUCGAAGGAACAUUGUUGCAGCUGGACAAGUCUUGCGCUACAUUCAUCACUAUGAAUCCUGGUUACGCUGGGCGAUCUGAACUUCCUGAUAAUCUAAAAGCAUUAUUCCGUUCCGUGGCCAUGAUGGUGCCAGAUUACGUGCUGAUCUCUGAGAUCGAGUUGUACGCGUUCGGUUACCUCAACGCCAAGCCGCUCGCCGUUAAGAUCGUGGCCACUUACAAGUUGUGCUCGGAACAACUCUCUUCACAGUUCCAUUAUGAUUAUGGUAUGCGCGCUGUGAAGUCAGUGUUGCGUGCUGCAGGCGCACUAAAACUGCGCUACCCUGAUGAAAUUGAAGACUUAAUCCUACUGCGCUCUAUCAAAGAUGUGAACCUGCCAAAAUUCUUGGAACACGACGUACCAUUGUUCAUGGGUAUCAUCAGUGACUUAUUCCCUGGCAUGCCGCUUCCAUUAGCCGGUUUGCCUCAUUUAGUCUCAUGUCUUAAGGAGGUCUGUGUGACACUUAACUUACAAUGUAACGACUUCUUCAUUGAAAAGGUACUGCAAUUAUACGAGAUGAUUCUUGUGCGACAUGGACUGAUGUUGGUCGGAUUUCCGUUUGCCGGGAAGACUAAAUCCUAUCACGCACUGGGGCAUGCUCUAAAAUGCGUUUCAGAGAAGGGUUUAAUGGAUGAACAAGCAGUGGAGUGGACGGUAAUAAAUCCGAAGUCGAUCACAAUGGGCCAGCUGUACGGGCAGUUCGAUCCCGUGUCACACGAGUGGUCUGACGGCAUCCUCGCUGUCAGUUACCGAGCCUUUGCCGUCUCUACUAAUCCCAAUAGAAAGUGGUUGGUAUUCGACGGUCCUGUGGAUGCGAUAUGGAUAGAGAAUUUGAACACAGUGCUUGAUGAUAACAAGAAGCUAUGUCUGAUGAGUGGUGAGAUCAUACAGCUGGCACCCACUACCAAUCUCAUCUUUGAACCAAUGGAUUUAGAAGCCGCCUCGCCAGCUACGGUAUCGCGAUGUGGUAUGAUCUACUUAGAGCCUAAAGGACUCGGCUGGAAGGCGCUGUUGGAAUCCUGGCUGAACAAGCUGCCUCCCACGCUGCACAUAGUCAAUCGUAAUCUUAUACGGAAUCUAUUCAAUCGGUUCAUGUCACCGCUUCUCUGGCUUGUCGAACUUUCUGGAUUAGUUAAGCAAAUGUAUAUAACGUCUCGAACCAACCUGGUUCAAUCGUGCAUGUAUCUCUUCGACUGCUUUAUGGACGAUUUUUAUGAUGAAAAAUAUUUGGAACAAAUAUCAGAUCUCGAUAUACGAGCUCAACUGGAGGGUGUCUUUUUCUUCUCAUGUAUAUGGUCUAUUGGAGCAACAUUAGAAAGUGCUGGUCGAUCUAAAUUUGACUUACUCUUCAGAGGUCUGCUCGAAAAGGAUUUUCCUGACAAGGUUAAAACUGCUCUGAACAUGCCGAAACAAAUUGCUAAACCAGACAAACAAUAUAUAUUUAUAAUUCCAAGGGAAGGUUUGGUUUACGAUUAUAGGUUCAUUAAAGAGGGUAAAGGUAAAUGGAAGCCAUGGAUUGAUGACGUGCACUCUGCACCCCCUAUCACCCGUGACACUCCUCCCAACCAGAUCCUGGUGACGACACUGGACAGUGUGCGAUAUCUCGCGCUGUUCAAGCUCAUGGUGACGCAUCACAAGCUAGUCAUGAUGGUUGGUCCUACCGGCACCGGGAAAUCCGCUUACGUCAUUGAUUUCCUAGUAAAGAGAGUUGAUACUAAAGUGUAUAAGGCUCUAAUUAUGGCUUUCUCUGCACAAACUAAUUGUAAUCAGACUCAAGAUAUCAUCAUGGGUAAAAUGGAUAAGAGGAGAAAAGGUGUAUAUGGUCCGCCUAUCGGAUGUUACGCUGUAGUUUUCGUAGAUGACGUAGCAAUGCCUCAAGCAGAAACAUAUGGAGCGCAACCUCCCAUCGAAGUGCUACGACAGGGCAUUGAUCUGGGACUCUGGUAUGAUCGGAAGACUAAUAUGGCGAUGCACCUUAUUGAUGUUCAGUUUAUGUGUGCCAUGGGCAAGCCGAUGCCUGGAGCUAAAAUAAUAACUCCAAGAUUUUCCCGACACUUUGCUUUCUUCUGUAUUGACGAGUUUGACGAUGAAACUCUUCAGACAAUUUUCAGCAGGAUUAUGCUGUGGCAUCUGGAUACUAGGGGAUUUUCAAAAGAAUUUGAUCCAUGUAUCGAGGAACUGGUGAAUGGAACGUUGGAAGUGUACAAGGAAUGUAAGAUGAAUCUACUCCCUACACCGUCCAAAUCUCAUUACACUUUCAACCUGCGAGAUUUCUCCAGAGUGAUAUUGGGUGUGUUGCUUUCGGUGCCCGAGGUAACGCCAGACUUGCAGUCGAUAAAGCGUCUGUGGGUGCAUGAGUGUCUGCGCGUAUUCAGUGACCGAUUGGUCGAGGAAUCAGACCGCCAUUGGUUCGUAAACUGUCUCCGCUCUGCCACUUCUGCUCACUUGAAUGACGACUUCGAUAAAAUGCUGAGCAGACUUGCUGAGUCACCGGGUGAAAAAAUUACAGAUUUACAUCUACGAAAACUAAUAUUCUGCGAUUUCGCGAAUCCGAAAGUGGACACACGCUUUUAUAUGGAGACUACGAAUUUGGAACAUUUGAACUCGACGGUUGAUGCUUUUCUUGUUGAGUUCAACAAUAUGACUAAGAAGCCAAUGAACCUUGUACUCUUCACAUUUGCGAUCGAGCACGUGUCUCGUAUCUGCAGAGUGUUGACUCAGCCGCGGUCGCACGCGCUGCUGGUGGGGCUGGGCGGCUCGGGGCGACAGUCCCUCACGCGACUAGCGGCCCAUAUCAACGAGUAUGAUCUCUUCCAGGUCGAGAUGAGCCGUACCUACGGUAAGACCGAGUGGCGAGAAGACUUGAAAACUUUACUGCGUAAAACGAGCACACCAGAUUUGCUCAUGGUUUUCUUAUUCAUUGAGUCGCAGAUCAAAGAAGAGGGAUUCCUUGAAGACGUCAACAAUAUGCUUAACUCUGGAGAAGUCCCAAAUAUCUUUACUACUGAUGAGAAAGCAGAAUUGUGUGAGAAAAUGAGAGUUAUCGAUCGGCAGCGUGAUAAAUCACUUCAGACAGACGGUAGUCCAACGGCUCUGUAUGCUUACUUUGUGUCUAUAGUACGAGAUCAACUGCACAUUGUGUUGGCUAUGUCGCCUGCUGGUACCUCACUGCGCACUCGCAUUAGGAAGUUUCCAUCACUCGUUAAUUGCUGCACUAUCGACUGGUUUCAAGAAUGGCCACCUGAUGCUUUGUUGGCAGUAGCAACUAGAUUUUUGAAAGACAUAGAGCUGACCGACCUAGAACGAGACACAGCAAUUAAGCUAUGUCAAGUGUUCCACACUGACACUCAGGAGCUCACGAGGCAAUUCUUGAGUCGUCUCAAGAGAUUUAACUAUGUCACACCUACCGCCUACUUGGAGCUGAUUAACAUGUUUAAGUCGUUGCUCACGAAAAAACGACUAGAGCUAACAACAGCAGAGAAGCGUUACUUAACUGGACUGGACCAGCUCGCUAUUGCAGCUAAGUCAGUGGGGGCAUUACAACAGGCGUUGGAAGUAUUGCAGCCCAAACUGGCUGCUGGCGCAAAAGCUGUAGCUGAGACUACAGCUAUAGUGGAGAAAGAAAAAGAAGCAGUGGCAUUGGUUGAGGCUGAAGUAUUAGUAGAUCAAAAAGCUGCAGAAGAACAGGCGCAAGAAGCCCAAGCUAUAAAAGACGAGUGCGAUGCUGAUCUCGCUGAGGCGAUGCCGAUCCUCAACGCAGCUCUUGCAGCACUUGACACACUCACUCCUCAGGAUAUCACCUUUAUCAAGACGAUGAAGAGUCCUCCGCGUGGUAUCCGAAUUGUGAUGGAAGCUAUCUGUAUACUAAAGGAUGUUAAACCGGAUAAGAUUCCAAACCCAUCGGGUGUGGGGACUGUCGAGGACUACUGGGGUCCGUCGAAGAAACUCCUAAACGACAUCAAAUUCUUAGAGUCCCUACAGAACUAUGAUAAAGAUAAUAUACCUCCACCCGUGAUGAAGAAAUUGAUGACCACCGUCAUGCAGGAUGAGGGCUUCGUGCCUGAAAAGAUUAAAACUGUGUCAGUAGCCGCUGAAGGUAUGUGCAAGUGGGUAAUUGCCAUGACGAAGUACGACAAAGUUGCGAAGGUGGUGGCGCCUAAAAAGCAACGGUUAGCGGCUGCACAAGCAGUGUACGACAAGGCUAGUGCCGCCCUCGCUGUCAAACAGGCUCAGCUCAAGGAGGUACAAGCAAAAUUAAAAAAGCUAGAAGACGCUUUGGCUGAACAAAGUCGUCAACAAAAAAUAUUGGACGAUGAGGUGAUGGAUUGCAGUAAUAAAUUGAAACGAGCUGAAAUGCUUAUAACUGGUCUGGGCGGAGAAAAAACACGAUGGACGCAAAUCGCUAAAGAUCUCCGUGAAACAUACAAUACACUCACAGGAGAUAUAUUGAUUGCUGCGGGCAUCAUCGCGUAUCUUGGACCGUUUACAGCACAGUUUCGAAAUGAACAAAUAAAAACAUGGGCCAAAGCAUGUUCCGCCUGCGGAAUUGUUUGUAAGCUAGACUACAGCUUAAUCAAGGUUCUGGGUGAACCAGUCACCAUUCAACAAUGGAACAUUGAUGGAUUGCCGGCAGAUGACUUCAGUGUUGAGAGUGCCAUUAUUAUCAUGACAGCACGACGUUGGCCUUUGAUGAUUGAUCCACAAGGACAAGCCAAUCGUUGGAUCAAAAAUAUGGAGAAACCAAAUAAUAUCUGUAUAGCCCGUUUGACACAAGCUGACUUGGGACGCAUCUUGGAAAAUGCAGUUCAAUUUGGACAACCGGUGUUGCUAGAGAACGUGUUAGAAGAAUUAGACCCUAUGUUAGAACCUCUUCUUCAGCAACAAACAUUCCGACAAGGUGGUGCGUUGUGUAUUAAAAUUGGUGAUACUAUUGUUGAAUACAGCAAAGACUUUAAAUUAUACAUAAGUACAAAAUUAGCGAAUCCGCAUUACUUACCGGAGGUAGGUGUACGAGUGACUUUGGUCAACUUUAUGUUGGCUAUGGAUGGCCUGCAAGCACAACUGUUAGCUCGAGUGGUGGCCAGAGAGAGACCUGACCUGCAACAAGCCAAGACAGAUCUGACCACGCAGGGUGCCGAACAUAGAAGGCUUCUACAGGAAAUUGAGAAGAAAAUAUUGACAGUCCUUUCUACUUCCGAACAUUUACUAGAAGAUGAAGAGGCUGUCCAGAUUUUAAAUUCCGCCAAAGAGACAUCGAAUGAGAUCAAAGAGAAACAAGAGGUGGCCAUGAUCACAGAGGCAGCUAUUGAUGUUGCUCGUAACGACUACGUGCCCAUUGCCGAACACUCUACGAACCUGUUUUUCCUUAUUGCUUCGUUAGCGCACAUUGACCCGAUGUAUCAGUACUCACUGGGCUGGUUCGAAGGCUUGUUCGUGGCGGCGAUAGAUAAUACUGAGAAAGUCGAUGAGAUUCCCGAACGCCUGAUGAUUCUGAGGCGUUACUUCACAUACUCUCUCUAUGCAAAUAUAUGCAGGAGUCUAUUUGAAAAGGAUAAAAUCGUGUUUUCGUUGCUGUUGACUAUCACGAUUAUGUUGGCAGAGAAAGAUGUGAAAAGGAGUGACGUGAUGUUCCUCUUGUCGGGCGCACAUCCCAAAAAAAUUCAACCAAAUCCAGUACAUUUUCUCAGCCCACAAGCUUGGGCUGAGUUUAACGCACUGAAUGAAGUUCCUAAGUUUCAUGGUAUUUUGGACCACUUUAUAAACAACGUCAAAAUAUGGGAGGAUUAUUGUGACACGCCUGAUCCACAAGAUCAACCGUUACCGUCACCUUGGGACCAGAAUCUUGAUAUUUUUGAGAAAAUGUGCGUUUUGCGGUGUAUGCGUUUGGAUAUGAUGGUACCCGCUGUACAAAACUACGUUGCAGCUAAAAUGGGUCGUAAAUUCGUGGAGCCGCCUCUGUUCGACUUGGCGUCUUCAUACGCGGACUCUCACUGCUGCAUACCUUUGUUGUUUGUUCUAACACCGGGCUCCGAUCCUAUGGAGACACUGCUCAAGUUUGCUGAUGACCAAGGUUUUGGAUCUUCGCGAUUGUUCUCGCUGUCUUUGGGUCAAGGUCAGGGGCCUAUCGCCGUUAAGCUCAUUGAAGAAGGCGUUCGUAGUGGCACAUGGGUGGUAUUGCAAAACUGUCACUUAGCUAAAAGUUGGAUGCCAACACUAGAAAAGACCUGCGAAGGGUUGACUCCUGAUAGUACACAUCCAGACUUCAGGCUUUGGCUGACAUCAUACCCUGCCGCACACUUUCCUGUGUAUGUGUUACAAAAUGGUGUCAAAAUGACCAAUGAACCGCCCAAAGGUUUGAGAGCAAAUAUCGCACGUUCGUACAGUAGCGACCCUAUCAAUGACAUCGAAUGGUUUGAGGGUAACAAGCAGACGGAGAUCUUCAAAAAGUUGUUAUUCGCACUGUGCUUCUUCCACGCGGUGGUGCAAGAACGACGACAAUUCGGUCCUCUGGGGUGGAACAUUAGCUACGAAUUCAACGAGACUGACCUCAGAAUUAGCGUGACACAACUUUAUAUGUUCCUCAAUGAGUAUGAUGACGUGCAAUUCAUAGCGUUACGUUAUUUAACUGGCGAGUGCAACUACGGUGGUCGUGUGACCGAUGAUUGGGAUCGACGCACACUUAACACGAUCUUAUUUAAGUUUUACAAUCCUAAAGCUAUCGAAGAACAUAAUUAUGCAUUGGACCCAACAGGGGUAUAUCACAUACCUACUCUGAAGGAGCACAAUGAAUUUGUGAACUUCGCGCGUUCCUUGCCGGCCGCGACUCCACCAGCUGUUUUCGGCUUCCACACCAACGCAGACAUCACCAAGCACUUCCGAGAAGCUGAGGAGCUCCUCGAGACAGCUAUACUCACACAGGAUACCGCGGCAGCCGGAGAUACAGAAAUCACGCCUGAAAUGCAGGCAAUGGCCAUCGCUGAAGAUGUUUUAGCUCGCUUGCCCGACAAGAUCCUGUCGGGGCCGUCGCAUGAGGGGGACAUCAAGCCAUCUGACAUGACGCCCAUGUCUAUCGUGGUCAUCCAAGAGGCGGCCCGAUAUGAGCGAUUGGUCAAAGUCGUAAGGUCCAGUUCUAGGGCAGUGAUAGGUGCUGUGCAGGGUGUGAGCGUUUUAAACGAUAUAACAGAAGAAGUGUUGACGAGUAUGGUGCGCGGCCGUAUUCCCGAGCUGUGGGCAGGCAAAAGCUAUCCUUCGCUUAAACCAUUCGCCUCUUACUUUGAUGAUUUGUUGGAAAGGCUCAAGUUCUUACAGCACUGGCACGAGCACGGGCCGCCGACGGUGUUUUGGUUGUCUGGCUUCUACUUCCCUCAAGCGUUCCUCACAGCCGCCCAGCAGAGCUACGCGCGCAAAUACAAGAUACCCAUCGAUCAGCUCGCCUUCCACUACGAAGUGCAGAAACAGUUUGAGAUUGAUGAGCCACCGAAAGAAGGUGUGUACAUUCGCGGACUGUUCAUGGAAGGUGCGCGCUGGAACAUGGAUCAAAUGAUUGUUGACGAGUCCAUACCUAAGAUACUGUACGACGAAUUCCCACCAGUAUGGCUCAUUCCACUAAAACGCGAAGAAGUGCCGACUGAUGAGUUCUACAACUGCCCUCUAUACAAGACUGGGGCCAGACGAGGCGUGUUGUCUACGACGGGGCAUUCUACCAACUACAUCCUCUUCAUGCGACUGCCUACGGUGCAGGAACCCGAUCACUGGAUCAUGCGAGGAGUGGCUCUGCUUACACAACUACCUUUCUAGAACAUUCAGCGACAAAUACAUUAAAAUGUUUGUAUUCGUAACAGCAUUUUUUGACCCUUGUAAUUUCCCUUGUUUUCUUCGUUGUCCCCGAAAAUAGAAUCAUGAUCAAAGAUUUUCUAUUUACUGUCCUUCUUUAUAUUUUCGACAUGUUGUUGACUAAACAUUUUGUGUAAUCAACUUUACGUAUCUCAAGCACUUUGUCUAUCAAAAUCAUGCCUUGCCAUACCAAACAUUUUGAUAUUUUUUUCCUGACUUACUUUUCUUUCAUUGUGGUUACAUAGUUUUGUAAUAUUGUAACGACAUUUAUUAUAUCCUUUUAUUUUGUCUAAAUAAUUACGUAAUUAUGAACAUUAUAUAUUUAAUAUGGGAGAUGUUUAUAAAAAGACAAAACUAUCAUGGAAAUGGUGUUUAUGUUAUUUUUAAGUAUGGCACUUUGUCGUAAUUCGGUCUAGUCACCUAAGAAAUAAUUAUUGCGUUAUUUAUAAUUAUUAUAGUUAGUUUUUUUCUGUGUACGAAGUUUGAUAUUUAUCCCGUUUUAGUUUUAAUAUAGAGAUUUAAUGUGUCGUUUUUUGUCAGUGGCAAAAUCACUCGUUGUCUUCUCUCGCUUUGAUUGAGGUGAAAGAGAGUGUCAGACUCUUAUUGACUAAAAACCACCCCGUUCGUAGUUUCCGUCCGCAGGAAGAGCCUUGCUUUGAGCUAGAGCUCCGGCAAUCCGCUAGGGCUCCGGGUCCUGUGAUAUGGUUUUUAGAAUUAGUUUUUGGCACUGUAUCUAAUUGAUUGUGUGCAUACUUCAUCGUGUUUAUUUUAAAAAUAUAUCGAAAACGGUAAACGUUUGACACUUUUAAACUUCUAAAUAUCUAGGUACUUUUUUUAUUUAUUGUAAUGUG